AUACUCGAAAAUGGCUUCUUCCUCUUCCUCUUCGCUUUCGUCUACGUCUCUACCUCCGGCGAUGGAAGACGGGGAAUAUGGAAACUGGGCGGAGCUUCCGCCUGAAUUGACGUCAUCGAUCCUACACCGGCUCGGCGCGAUUGAGAUACUUGAAAAAGCUCAGAAAGUGUGUAGAUCGUGGCGUCGCGUCUGUAAAGACCCUUCGAUGUGGCGGAAGAUCGACAUGGACAACCUCGGAGACUUGGGAAGCAUGGGGUACGACCUCGAGGUCAUGUGUCGUCACGCUGUUGAUCGUAGCCAGGGCGGCUUGGUUGAGAUCGACAUUUGGUACUUUGGUACUGAUGAGCUUCUCAAUUACAUAGCCGAUAGGUCGAGUAAUCUGAGAAGCCUUAGACUUAUAAUGUGCUAUCCAAUAGCAGACGAGGGAUUUGUCGAGGCAGUUGUGAAACUGCCAUUGCUCGAAUACCUCGAGGUUACAUACGGCUCGUUGUCAGGAGAGUCUCUGAAAGUUGCAGGCCAGUCUUGUCCAAAUCUGAAAACAUUGAGGCUAAUUUCUAACCCUGACCCCAAGUUUAAUGACGAAGAGUUUAAUGACGAAGAAGCUCUAGCAAUUGCAGAAAGCAUGCCUGAACUACGCCACCUAGAGCUUUUUGGGAACACCCUAACAAAUACGGGCUUGAACGCCAUUCUUGAUGGUUGUACUCAACUGGAACACCUUGAUUUACGCAAGUGUUUCAACAUUAAACUUUCUGGGGAUCUGGAAAAGCGAUGUUCCGAGAGGAUCAAAGAUUUGAAACGCCCCAAUGACUCAACCGCUGGUUACCCAUAUGGUUUUAACAUCUCUGAUUUAACAGGUCCCAACGAUUAUUAUUGCAACGACUACGACUAUUUUGAUUUUGGGGACUUCUAGAUAUUGAUAUCUCUCUGAACAAUGCAGUGGACAUGUGUUUUGUUUUUUUAGCUGGUCUUGUCGACUUAUGAACUUGUUCACGUCCUCUCUUUUUUUCUCUGUAUGCUCAGUGAUUCAAUGUCUAACAAGCUUUGAGCGCGUGAUUGUUACUCGCGAGAACAAUGUUUUGAGGUUUUUUUAAUGAUGCAUUUUCAGUGAGUA